AUUCUUCUUCUCCUUUUAUAAUCCCGAGAAGAAGCCGAAGACAACGGAACAAUCAAAUCACAGAGAGAAGCUAAUGGCGUUGUUAAGAAUCAGGAAGGCGACGACGACACUUCUCUAUUCCGGUGGGCUUACUCAUGGGACGGAUCGGAUCGCCAGAACCGGAGCAUUGCUGAGCCGUUGGAUCUCCUCUGCUUCGUCAUCUUCCGCUGUUGUGGCGGAGGAUGAAUCUGGUGGGAUUUACGGAUUGGGAAGUGUAUUGAAGGAAUAUGAAGAUUAUAGAAGAUCUCUUUAUGGUGAGAUCACGCAUAAGGCUUUGCUUGUUGAUGCUGUUGGUACUCUCCUUGUUCCCGCUCAACCUACGGCUCAGAUAUACAAGAAUAUUGGUGAGAAGUACGGGGUGGAGUACUCGGAGGCUGAGAUACUUACUAGAUACAGAAGAGCUUAUCAGAAACCAUGGGGCGGAUCUCAUCUUAGAUAUGUAAACGAUGCGAGACCUUUCUGGCAAUAUAUAGUGACUGCAUCAACAGGCUGCUCGGAUUCUCAGUACUUUGAAGAGCUUUACAGUUAUUUUACUACAGAACAGGCUUGGAAGUUAUGUGAUCCAGAUGCAGGGAAAGUGUUCAAGGCUAUUAAAGAAGCGGGUGUAAAAGUUGCAAUUGUUUCCAACUUCGAUACUCGGUUAAGACCUCUCCUACGUGCACUGAGAUGUGAAGACUGGUUUGAUGCUGUAGCUGUUUCAGCAGAAGUUGAAGCGGAAAAACCAAACCCGACUAUCUUCUUGAAAGCUUGUGAGUUAUUAGAAGUGAAUCCCGAGGAUGCGGUUCAUGUAGGAGAUGACCGUAGGAAUGAUGUAUGGGGAGCUAGAGACGCAGGCUGUGACGCUUGGCUCUGGGGAAGUGAAGUUACUUCAUUUAAACAGGUUGCUCAACGGAUAGGAGUGAAGGUCUGAAGCAAAGCAUGAGAGAAAUGGUUCAGACAUGUUCAGACUUCAGUUUUAGCUUCUUCUUUUUUUGUGAGCAGUUUUGUACAUUUGAUUUCUCUUUUGUAGCAUACUGUGUGUAAUAUAUAUGUUGCCGCUAAUGUAGAACACCAGAAAACAAUGUAUAAUAAAAGAUCAAUAAAGCU